AUGGAGAAGGGCUAUACUUGUCAAAUCUGCAGUUUGGCGGCCCCUGGCUCGCAUUUCAGCGUGAUCAGCUGCAGAGCUUGUGCCGCAUUUUUUCGAAGGACGGCGUUCCUUAAAAUCUCCUACGUUUGUCAGGGGACCCAGCAGUGUGACGUAACGAAAAAGAAGCGGUUCAGCUGCAGAAGCUGUCGAUACCAAAAAUGCUGGGAUCUCGGGAUGAGACCAUCAAUGAUCAAACAACUCGUCGAAGAUGAGCAAGAGCAAAAGCCUACUACUAAUUUGAGGAGUGAAAUAAGUACACCACCUUCCAGCAGUUCACAGCAUACGGAUCCUGAGCAAAUCCCUGAGUCUGAUGAUGCAGAACCUGCAACCGGACCAUCUAUUGACGGUGGUCUAGUGCCCGCCUCGGUCAUAAAAGAUAUGCUAGAACAACAGCAACAGGUCAAAGACAAGGUUGAGGGGAUGUUUGCUACAAUGAAUCCUAUCUCAAAGCUGGCAGUGCCGAUCCGGCUAUCAAUAAUGCAACGCGGGCUGCUACUCUUCAAUGAGCACCUUCAGAAAUGGCCAUUGUGUACUCCGGAAAAAGUAAGACCCGGCGAACCGUUCACCAUUGCCGAAAUUAUCGGCAACCACCGGCAAGAGCUGGAAAACGUCUCUGUGUUUUGCAUGGGAUUUGAGGAUUUUGCCAGGCUAGAGCAAGACCAAAAAUGGGUCUUAUUCAAGCGCUUUUGGAACCAUUUCACGGCAUUGGAGAGGCAUCGGACUGCUGUGCACUGCUUUAAAGAUCCGCCUGUUACAAGGAUGUUGUUGUAUAAUGGAACCUACUACGACUUUGAAGAUCAACGCCAUUGGACGAGAAGAUCGUCGAAUUUGAAAAAGAUUAUAGACUUUGCCUCACCCAUGAUCAAAAAGGAAUUAAACCAGGUCGUCGGGUUGCUUCGUCGAACGGCCCCUACAGAUUUUGAGCUCGUCUUCUGCAUGCUGCACAUUUUGUGGAACACGGCUAACGUCUCCAAACUCACCGAGACCACGAUCAAAAUGGCCGAAGACGUGCGAAAAAGGUUGUCGACAGAAAUUCAUGAGUAUUACACUACUGAGAUGCACCACCCAAAUUAUGCCGGCCGGUUGAUGAAGGUGAUGAAGCUGGUGGCAGCGUUUAACGAAGCCGAACAUCAACGUGGUGAGUGUCGAACGGCGCUUCGCACCUUCGAAUUUUUGCCCAGCGAAUAUAUGAAUACUGAUUUUGUCGACGAA